GGUAGACCAAAAACGGAAGAAAAGCUAAAGUGCAACUGUGCAAGUGCCGAUCGAAGAAACCCAGCGACCGGAAGAAACAAGAGAGCCAACUGCCCGACUCGCCGCCUCCACCGCCGGACGAGUCGCCGACCUGCACGGCUCCACCCUCCAGGCUGACGAAAUCUCAGGACCGGCCCAAGACUAUACAUAAACCAUGGCGGGGAUUGCGAUUGUUUUGGAUCUACUGCGGACAAACCCGAGCUUGAAUGGCCAGACCCUUCAUUCUUACGGCGUCUUCUCAUCUAAAGUUGCUGCCUCUGCUGCCAAGGCUUCGCUUGCAUUUGCAGCCACCACUCCCUUUGCUUAUAGACCCUUCGUCGGUUACAGCGGGGCAAGAGUUGCUUUUUGUGAUGCUGGUCAGGGUCUUACAGAAGAUUAUAUUUCUAGCUUAAGAAGUGAUUCAACGGUUAACGUUGAUGACUAUAGUUCCAAAAUAUACAUUGUUGAACAAAAAGCAUUGCUUUCUGCAUUUCAUUGGAGAAAUUUUGCCCUUACAUUCUUGAGGUCUUUCCUAUAUAACUACUUGCCCAUUGUGGAGUCCCGUUUGAAGAUUGAGAAUGCGGAGGAUGAUGACGGAGACUUUUUAGAAGAUGACCACGAAGAGAGGCCGGUGGAUUUGAUAACUCCUUUCAAGGCAUCAGUUAAACACAUCUGUCGCGAGACCACUGUUACAACCACUAGGCGUGUGUUAGAGCGAUUUGCUGUCCAUUAUGUCUCUCAACGCAUGGCGUGGAAGCUCCUCAAAGAUGUUCCAAGGUCAGCUGCUCGCAAGGCAGGAAGAGGAAUGCCAACUUUCUUCUACAUAUGUAGUGUUAGCAGAACAACAUUCAGAGGUUGUUGCCUCGGAGUUCUAGCAUCGUUGAUCGUCCAAGUUGGGGUAGAUAUGUACGGAUUCUUUAAGUCAACGUCGGACAAUGAGGAAAGACUUAGGCUGCUUGGGAAGAAGGUUUAUAACACUACCCUCAGGUGUGCCGCGUCUCUUGUUUUAGCUUCUAUUGGGGCCGGAAUAGGAGCCGCAUUCAUUCAGCCCACAACUGGCCAGUGGAUAGGAUGCGCAUUGGGAGAUAUUGCUGGACCUUACAUUGUUGCUAUGCUCUCAGACAAAGUUCAUCUCCAGCUAUAGUCCUUGUUUUAUGCGCAUAUUUUUGUUUGCUGUUGUGAUAGACAAUAAGGCUGAAUAUUGAUCGAGUUCGCACAUUGUUUUAUUCCUUACCUUGUGAUAGACAAGAAGAAGGCUCAAUAUGGAUGUAAUUCUUUUUCGUUGAACUUUGCCCGUGUAAUUUCAGCCUUCGGCAUUGCUAUUUGCUUACAUGUUCCCAUUGGCCAUGUAAUAAAAUAGAACAUCUCUU